AAAUCCUCUUUUGCCAAGUGCAAUAAAUUGGAAAGAAAUACACUACAUUAGAUAAAAAUUGACUAUUUAAAGAUUUCUAGCAAUUUGCAACUUGCUUGGAAUUAAUUGUUUUUAAGCACGUUUUGUGAAACGUUUCAACUUUUAACAGUUCCGAAUCCUCAUUGGCAUUUGAGAGGUUUAAUUAUUAUACAAAAGGGUACAAACAGACCGGGAAGCUUUCUCUGUUAUGUACAUUUCUUUUUUUGGGGUACUUACGAUUUUGUAAUCUGGCCGCGUGUUUUGUGUUAUUAUACUCUAUUUUUUUUAAAAAAAAAAGUAUCUGUUAUAUUUAUAUAAUUUGUUUGGUACUGGAAAAAGACAAUUCAGAUGUUCUAAUGUGAUUUUGAUGAUUAUGCAGAAAUUAUAUUCCACUCGAGAAAAACAGGUCCAAUAUGUCUAACUCAAGAAAUACCCUCAAUAGUAAUGCUGCUGUAAAAAGAAAAUUGGAGGAGCCUCGUCAUGAAAAUAGUCGAAAAACUCCACGGAAUGCAAUUGAGUUUCAACAAACUAGAAGUCAUUCUAAGAAACAGAAUCAAGAGCCUACAAAAAUUGACCAGUCUACCUUUAAUAAAGAAACAAAAGAUGAAAAAGUGGGUAUAAAGGAAAACGAGGAGGCCUUUGGUCUAUUGUCAACUAAUGAUACCCCUGUAUCAGGUGAGCACAGCGACGAAAACUCAUCAGGAAUUUCUGACCGGGAAGAUGAAUCUGAUGAGGAUUCAGAUAUAUGGGAGCAAGUGGAUCUUAAACCAGAUCGUGAUAAGAAAAAGAACGAAGAGAAAGAUGUUCACAUUAGUACUUCAAGUGUAACACCCUCUGACAACUUACAUAAGAAAAGAUCAUCUGGUAUAGUUGAAAAAGAGAUUCGUUCAUCUAUACAUGUCAUGCACACAUGUUGCUUAUUUUACCAUGGGUUACUUCGCAAUCAGUGGUGCUGUCGCCCAGAACUUUUGGAAUGUUUACUUGAUAUAUUAUCGGAAGAACGACCUUCGAUAAUAGAAGAUUGGAUCAGAAGUGAGCAAACACACGAUGAUCUUUUGAUGCUAGUUAAUGGACUACGGACAUGGUGGCAGAAAAAAUUCCAUAUAACCAAGCAUGGUCUAAGGAAGCUGGGAUAUCGUGAUUUUAAGGAGGGUUUAAAACUCGGGUUUGAACCCGAAUCUAUUGAAAACGAAAUGAUUUUUAUGGAAAAAAUUUGUUCAUUUAGCGGAAGCCGUGAUUUAGCUGCUCAAGGCUUCACUGCUUUAUGCCGAUCAUUGAAGCUUGAUGCCCGUUUAAUCUUUUCACUUCAACCUUUAACUUACUCCACAGCUUCUUAUGAUAACUGGUCUAAACAUGCCCUUCCAGACGAGACUGCAAGUUCCAUUGACGGUGACCUCCGGUAUCCUGUGUUUUGGACAGAGGUAUAUGACAAUGAUCAAAAUCGUUGGAUAAGUGUUGAUGCCGUUGUCUUGAAUGGUGUGUAUACGAAUGACAUGUCCUGGUUUGAACCAAAGGGAGCUUACGCAGAGUCUAAACACUUGCGUAUGGGGAUUGUUGUCGCGUAUGAUGACGAUUAUUAUGCCAAGGACGUGACGCCACGUUAUGCGGAUAUGUCGUCCAGUCGUUGCAAAAAAAUUCGAAAAUCUUCUUCACCAGAGAAAAAAGACGAUGUAUAUGCCAGAAUUUUUUCUCAAUUUACGAAAAGGAAGAACGAUGAAAAGGGUUUGCUGGAGGAUCGUGAGCUUGAACAAAAAGUGCCAGUGCGCGAAUUAAAAAGCAUUGCUGAUUAUAAGAAUCACCCAGAUUUUGUGUUAAAGCGACACCUUAAACGUGAAGAGGUAAUCCCGGAUAAUGCACAACCGGUUAACAAGGUAGUUUUUGGAUCAAAAAAAAAUCCUAUCCAAGAAGAGGUGUAUCGCCGAGAGGAUGUUUUGACGUGUAAAUCACCAGAAAAUUAUCAUAAAGAAGGCCGUGUGAUUAAACCAGGAGAACAGCCACGAAAAAUGGUGAAAGCGAGAGCGGUAACCAUUACAAGGAAACGAGAGCAUGAAUCUAAAGUAAUAGAAUCCAAGGAACCAGUUAUGCAGGGAUUAUAUUCUUCGGAUCAAACUGAAUUAUACAUUCCGCCGCCAAUAGAAGAUGGAAAGAUUCCGAAAAAUGGUUACGGAAAUAUUGACUGUUUCGUUGAAAGCAUGGUUCCUCGAGGAGCGGUGCAUCUUCCAUUUCGAGGAAUUUCUAAGAUCGCGAAGAAGCUGGGUGUUGAUUAUGCCGAAGCAGUGACAGGCUUCGAUUUUCGAAAGCAUCGUGCAAUUCCUGUAACGACAGGUAUCGUCGUACCAGAAGAAUUUGCUCCCAAAGUGCUAGAGGAAUAUCGUGAGCAUCAAAAGGAAAUGCUAUUAAAACAACUUGCAAAAGAACGGAAUGCUGCUAUUGGGUUGUGGAAGCGUAUGAUUAAUGGACUACGGAUUCGGAAACGAAUUACGGAAAACUAUGGCUAGGUUUAAUCACUUAAUACCUCUUUCUACGCAUUGCUUGCUUACUCUACAGAUAAUUGCAUUGUAAAUAAAUAUUGAUAUGCUGUAUGAAAUUCACUUUAUUUUCUAGAAUAA